CUGAGCCAAACAGGCUCCAAGAAAACAGGGAAAAAUGAGACAGUUGUCUCUCAGUUUCCUUCUGGUGGAAAUAUUUUAUAUUUCUGUAGCUAUCUAUUAGAGAUACAUCUCUAUGCACUUAAAAUGAUGAAAACGUGAGUCUGUACAACCCAUCAGCAUGUCUUUGUAAGGCCUGUAAAGAGGAAUGGUCGUGCUUUGGAGGUGUUGUGCUUCUUUAAGGCAGCAGGAAUUUGUUCUUGGCAUUAUCACAGGAUAUUUCCUAAUGUCUCUUUUUACUGUCCAUCUGUGAAAUGAUCAUAAGGUUUUUCUUCAGUGUUAUAACAAGGGCUGAAUUCACCAGGGUGUAGAACAUGCUGAAAUAAGCACUAUAUAAGAACUGAUUAAUUAAUAUAUUUCAGGUGUUUUCUUGGUGAAAGUAGAAAAAUCUUUUAGUCUCUCUACAGCCACCCUACUUUGAGUGUUGUAAGACUAUGGCACAAGUAUUGUGUGUUUAUUUAUUUAUGAUGCUUUCAGUUAACCAGCUGCUGUUUUGAACUGCUGUGGGAUUCCUGUCUGACUGCUUUUUUUGUUGUUUUAUUAAUCUCUAAGAAAUGUAGCUCAGAACAGUUUCAAAGCUUUCUGAAUUAGUGUUAUAUAAUAACAAUGAAGCAAGUGAUCUGUGAAAAAAGUGAGCCAGAUAUUAGACACAGAAAUGGCAAAAUUGGUCAAGUGCAGUUUAUUUAACUCAGUGGGUCUUGUGUUUAUUAUUUUUGGUGAACGUGUUUCUCCCAGUGAAGUUGCAGAUCCUUGGUCACAUUUAAAUAUAUUGAUAGUAGGUGUUUUCACAGAAGCCUUGAAAAUGCCCACAGGCACGAAGUUAACUGAGGAGCUCCUGUUGGCAGGUGUAGCCCAGGGGAAGGGAGAGGGGCUGGUUGUGGAAUAUUUGCACUUUCUGGGGUGGUUUAGCCGAAACAACUGCCUCUUUAAUUCUGUUUCUUCAAGCAACAAAGUCAAAUGGUUUUUUAAAGUAAGAAGGUGAUUCUUAUUUCUGUCUGUUCUCAGGGUAACGUACUUGGGACCAAGAUAUGGAAAACUGGGAUGUGGUGAAUUCUGUACAGGAAAUCCCUUCGUCUUCUGCAGACUCUGAUGUCAGAAACACCCACAGCUCUGUCUGUAACUUGAACUGUAACAGAAGUCCUUCAUCCAAUCCCAAUGGAGUUUCUGGUUACUCAGGGAAUACCAGGUCCUCAUUAAAGCCUGGUUCUGUUGAACUGUUUGCCUCCUUUAUGCAAGACAUCCAGGCCAUUGGAAAUGCUGACACGGAAAUUGUGAAGAACUGUGAGACAAGGUGGCUACAGCUGCUGAGACUGGUAGAAAAGCAAUGUCAGCAACAAAUAGUUGCCCAGCAAGAGCAGUUCCACCAUCAAAUCCAACUGAUUCAGGCUGAGAUCAGGCAGCUGGUGAAGUUUGGGAGCAGCAGUUGGGGAGCCGGCAGGAGCCGGGGUUUGCCUGCCACGCUUCCAGACACUUUUCCACCACUAGCAAUUCCAAUGGGGAUGCGAUCUGAGCUCUUCGAGGAACACGAGAGCAUUGUCCAUCAGCUCAGAUCCAGUGAAGCAGAAAGCCAGCCCAGUGCAUCCGACCUGCAGCAGGAAUGUUGCGGGAGCGACACCUCCAUGAACAGCGGGUAUGGAACGCUCUCCACCUCCGAGCUGAACCCUGGCACGGCCAACAGCACCAGCAGGGCCACAGAUUCCAUGGAGAAAACUUCCCAAGGACACAGGGAUGGAGCGGGGUUGCAGAGUGAUGCAAUUGUAGCCAGUGUUCAAAAUAAAACAGAACUUUUACCAAAAAGAAUAGAGGAAAAUUGUUCACCGGGAAGGAACAACAUUUUAGUUUUUCCUGCUGAAUUUGAGCAUAAAGUUGAUGAAGCUCCAUGUGGGAAGAAACCCAGUAAAUCUUUAACGUCGUGGGCACAAAAGUUGAAACAAAACCAACCAAAAAGGAUAACUGCAGAUGAAGUGUGUGUGAACUCUAUGCAAGAAAAUGAGAAAGUGAAGAAAUCACCACUUGAGAAUACAAACCUUACUGAUGCUGCUUUGCCACCUUACACUUUUUACCUCAACCAACCGAAGGAAAGUCCCAAUUCCUUGGUGUCUGAAGCUUCAGGACUUUCAUACUGGAAGUUAGAUGAAAAGGAGAUGUAUCACACUCUACCAGAGAAUUUCAGAAGUGAGUUUGCUGAUGUUUUCUCCACAAAAGUAUCACCAGAUCAGUUGUCUUCUGCUGAGGAAAGGAAGUUGUCAUCCCUGAAGGAUAUUUAUCAUAAAAGACAAAGGGAAAACAAGCAGAUGCCAGACCAGAGUGUUUUGCCUUCUUCCCAGUCAAGUCACCCACCAGAGAUCUUGACGUUGGACCCAACCCUGCACAUGAAACCAGGUCAGCAGAACCAGGGACGCUGUUUUUUCAAUAUUCCUGAAGAGAUUACUCCCUUUUCUCCAGACUCUAUGGCAGAGCCAGGAUUUUCAAGUCAUUGUGACACAGACUCUUUCUCACAGACAAGUCACUCUUCUCAGUUAGAUGAUUCUCCCAAACACCCUGCCAGCAGCAGAGCCGUGCACUUGGACUUCUGGAGAAAUCACCCGUUCCAAAGUGAAAACAGGAGCAGCUCCCCUUUUCCAAAGGCAUACAGGGAUGCUGACCAUGCUAGUUCAGUCAGCACUGAGGAGGAAGAAACACUGACUUUAACUCCAUCCUCUGUUACUCAGUGUGCUGACAACACUUUGCCAGAUUAUAGUCUUUCAGUAGCACCUGUUGAAGACCCUGUGGUAAUGUCACAGAUUAGGCAGAACCUGAGGGAGAAACACGCUCGACACAUCGCUGAUCUCCGAGCUUACUAUGACUCGGAGAUCCAGAGCUUAAAGCAGCAGCUGGAGGCAAGUCAGAGAACUGCUUCUGCUGAGGACCUGAAGAAAAUCAAUCAAAGUCUUGCUGACAGGUGUGAGCAGUUGGAUGCAGCUCUGAAUGAAGCCAGUGCUCGCAUAAAAGCCCUGGAAAAUAAGAAUAAUCUGCUGGAAAAGCAAGUGGCAGAGUGGAGGGAGCGUUUCCAGGCCCUCAGCAGCACUUCCAAGGUUCUGCAGGAGCGGAUCGAGGAGAUGCGGACGACCCACAAGGAGAAGGACAACACCAUCAGCCGCCUGCAGUCCAGGCUCAAGGAGCUGGAGGAAGCUUUUGAGAAGGCCUACAGGUUAUCUGAUAAUAAAAACACGAGGCUAAAGGAAGAAAACAAAAUGUUUCAGAAUCUUUUAGGAGAAUACGAGUCCCUUGGAAAAGAACAUGAAAGAGUAAAGGAUACAUUAAAUACAACUGAAAACAAAUUGCUUGAUGCAAACACACAGAUUUCUGAUUUAAAAAGGACAAUUUUAAAACUUGAAGCUCAGCUCAAGCAGGUGGAACAUGAAAAUAUGUUGAAACUUCGCCACAUCACCGAGAACCGUUUGAGAACCUCUUGUGCCAACAAGUUGGGAACUCCUGAUGUCAGCAGGAGAAAGUGGCUGAUACCAGGAGCUGAAUAUUCCAUCUUCACUGGCCAGCCUUUGGAAGGCCAGGAAAGCCCCAAAGAUAACAGAUUAGAAGAAAACUAUAUUCCUUCCAGGUAUCACUCUCCUCCUGAAAAAGAUUCUUCACAGGAAGACUCUUCAACAAACACAAUAGAAAAGAAAGAAAAUGAGAUGUCAGAAGCACCAAUUAUAAAAGCCUUUAAAGAACUCGAAGAAGGAAAAGUAUUUAAAGACUGGGGGACACAGACAGACAAAGAAGACGCACCAGCCAAAACAUCAAAUCGACGUCAAACUGUUGGGUUUGUUGAAGCUUCUUUAGUUGCCACCCCAGAGAAAGGGAAGGACCAACACAGACCCAAAAGGUUCAGCUCCCCUUCAGGCCAGAGAUCAUCGUCCCUUCCUCCUUCCAACAGGAAACCCAACACUCCAACAAGAAGAGAGAUAAUGUUGGCACCAGUGUCUGUGACGUACAGCCCAAAACGAUCUCCAAAAGAAAACCUCUCCCCUGGAUUCAGCCAUUUGCUUGGCAGGAAUGAAAACACAGUGACAAGGUUUGAUAUACUUCUAGAUGACCUGGAAACUGGUGCUACAUCUACUUUACAGCACAAUAACCCAAGGAAAAGGCUCCAGUUUCUCUCACUAGAUGAUGCAGAAGGAAGGCAGCAUUCAGGUGUCAGGCACAGCUCUUGUGCUGAAUCCAUCAACAGCGGGCUGAAGAAGGCGGCAGCUUGGGACGAGAGGAGCACAGCUCAAAAAUAUGAGCCGGUGGCAUCGCCUGGGGAGGAGGACUUCAAAUACACAGCAAGGAUCACGACUCUGGCUGAAACAGAGAGGCUUUUUGAUGAGCUGACUCAAGAAAAGCAACAGAUUGAGGCUGCACUGAGUCGAAUACCUUGUUCUGGUGGAAGAAUGACCUUGCAAGCAAGACUGAAUCAGGAAGCCCUGGAAGAUCGUUUGGAAAGAAUUAAUAGGGAUUUGGGGUUGAUAAGAAUGACUCUGAAAAGAUUCCAUGUUUUACGGACCUCUGCCAAUCUCUGACAGUUCUCUCCUGACUGCAAAUAUACCCUUUUCCUUUUGGUUUUUUUUUUUGCACUAAUAUAUAAUUAUGCACUCAGUAAAUGCAAAUUGUUUUGUA